UAGGGUCAAACGUGUGAAAUAAACGUAGUGCUCAAGCAAUAUAGCUAGGUCUGUAUUCUUAUCAAAAUAGGUAAAUGUAAUAUUUAAUCAGUAUAAUUUGCAUAUAAUUUAUAUUUUGUGCAUUAAUGGGUAUAUAGUAGUUGAUAAAUAAACGAUCAAGUUGGGAGAGUUAGCUAGCUAACGUAGUCAGAUUGUCGGUGUGUUCCAGCCAAACAAGUAAUGUCCCAACAGCCGUCAUCGCUGCUGCAUCAAGAACUUAGAAAAUGCUUUCGAGUCUUAGAGGCUAACCAGAACAUUUGGAAAUCUGUUCUUGCGGAAUGUACACCUUUGAUGAGUUCGCUGGGAAAUCUCGCGGAACAGUUGAGGGCGCUGAAGAACGUGGAACUUGUUAAUACGCCUCUUGCUCAAUUUCCAGAUCUAAAAGAGCGCCUUCAGUAUAAACUCAUACAGGCUAUAGACACGGUCUUGGGAAAAUUAAGUGAGAAAAUGUAUGCGCUUCAGUUAGUGCGGGAUUCGAUCAGUAAACAGCUACUUGCUGUUGUCCAGCAGUAUGAGCAGAAGGCAGACUCCCUCGAUAUACACUCAUGUACUACAAGAUCUGCUAUCUCGCCAUCUGUCGCUGAUAUGUUGGAAUGGUUCCAGGACGCCGAACGCUACUACCGUGUCCAAUACAUCCAGAGGAAGAACCUAUUACAGAUACUAAAGCCUGAUGAACUCGUGUUUAUGGAGACAGCACCAAAGAGAUGGGCGACUUUAGAUUCCCCAAGGGGAGAGGAAAACAUUUCAGAUGUGCUUCAUCAAGUGUCAUUUUUCAUGAGCUCGGACUAAACACACGCCACCUCAUGGAUUUCGGCCAAGCACGUGGAACUGUAUGCUUCUGUCUGGAAAUUACGUUCAAGUGUCCCUACAAUAUGUAAUUACUACCUGUAAUUCAAUAAUCGGAGUUUCAAAGUUCUGAUGUAUAUUGUUUGGCCCUCUGCUUAAUGUACUAGAAAAACAGCUUGAACUUUGCUUCUGACCCCCCAUUAAUAUAUAUUAAUUUCAUUUGUCCAUAAACUUCAUAUAGGAACAAUUCUAAAAAAAUAAUAAUAAAAAAAUCUCAUUUGUGUCAAUUCUAA